CAGAGACGGAGCACCUGUUACCUCAGGGUGGCCGCCAGCGCCGUCCUUGUCCACGCUGGGCGCCGUCUGUCCCCCGCACCCCCCUCGCUCUGUCUAUUUAUAGCGCUUGUCCGCACUGGCCCAUUUCGGGCAAUGUGGUCAGCCCGGCCCGGCGGUGGUGCCCUCGACCCCGCGGCGUGCCCAGUCACGGCGCCAUCGCGGCGGAACGAGCGAGCGGGGCCGGGCGGCAGCAAGACUGUUUCAUGGCAUCUCUGUUGAUUUGUGAGGAAUCAGAAAUGCAAAUAGCCCCUCAGGAAUCAAGCUAAAAUCAAAGAAACCUUACUUACAAAUUUCAAGGAGUGUAUCAUGGAGUGCCAGACUGAGGGAAAGGGAAAACACCAGCAUUGCUUGAAUUUACUAGAUAAAAUUAAGACUAUGAAAGAAUUAGAAGAAAUGAUUGAUGUAGUGCUCAUAGCAGAAGAGGAGAAAUUCCCUUGCCACAGACUGGUCCUCGCUGCAUUUAGUCCUUAUUUCAAGGCUAUGUUCACCUGUGGACUACUCGAGUGCACUCAGAGGGAGGUCAUACUCUAUGACAUCACAGCAGAAAGUGUUUCAGUGAUACUAAACUACAUGUACAGUGCAGUUCUGGAGAUCAAUAAUGCCAACGUACAGACUGUAGCAAUGGCUGCCUAUUUUAUGCAGAUGGAAGAAGUCUUUAGUGUGUGCCAAAAAUAUAUGAUGGACCACAUGGAUGCCUCCAACUGCAUAGGAAUCUAUUAUUUUGCAAAACAAAUUGGAGCAGAAGAUUUAUGUGAUCAGUCAAAGAAGUACUUAUAUCAGCACUUUGCUGAGGUAAGCCUACAUGGAGAAAUACUAGACAUCGAAGCUCACCAGCUUCUGGCACUUAUUAAGUCUGAUGAUCUGAAUAUAUCCAGAGAAGAGAGCAUUCUGGACUUGGUUCUGAGAUGGGUAAAUCAUAACCAAGCCUUGCGCACAGAGCAUCUCGUUGAGCUUUUGAAGCAAGUCAGACUGGAACUUAUAAAUGCUUCCUUUCUAAGACAGGCCCUAAGAAGGAACACGAUGCUCCUUUGUGAUGGGAGUUGCAUUGACAUAAUCCAGAAUGCAUUCAAAGCCAUCAAGACACCCCAGCAGCACUCCCCUAAUCUUCGCUAUGGCAUGGAGACCACCAGCCUGCUGCUUUGCAUUGGGAACAAUUCUUCUGGAAUCCGAUCACGGCACAGGAACUAUGGGGAUGCCAGCUUUUGUUAUGACCCUGUGUCACGCAAGACCUAUUUUAUUUCAUCACCGAAGUAUGGGGAGGGCUUGGGAACAGUGUGCACUGGGGUAGUCAUGGAAAACAAUACUGUAAUUGUGGCUGGAGAAGCAACUGCCUCUCGACUCUCUAGGCAAAAGAACAAGAAUAUUGAAAUUUAUAGGUAUCAUGAAAGAGGAAACCAGUUUUGGGAAAAGUUAUGCACAGCUGAAUUUCGAGAGCUCUAUGCUCUGGGCAGCAUCCAUAAUGACCUCUAUGUCAUAGGAGGACAGAUGAAGAUUAAAAACCAGUACCUCAUUACAAACUGUGUUGAUAAGUACUCUGUAGACCAAGACAACUGGAAACGAGUGUGUCCCCUUCCACUGCAGUUGGCUUGUCAUGCUGUGGUAACAGUGAACAAGAAACUCUAUGUCAUCGGAGGCUGGACCCCUCAGAUGGAUCUUCCUGAUGAAGAGCCUGAUCGAUUAAGCAACAAACUGUUGCAAUAUGACCCCAGCCAAGAUCAAUGGAGAGAGCGGGCACCCAUGCAGUACUCUAAGUACCGGUUCAGUGCAGCUGUCGUCAACAGUGAGAUCUAUGUUCUGGGUGGAAUUGGCUGUGUGGGCCGAGACAAGGGACAAGUUCGGAAAUGCCUUGAUGUGGUGGAGAUCUACAACCCUGAUGGGGACUUCUGGCGGGAAGGCCCACCUAUGCCAAGUCCCCUCCUCUCACUGCGAACCAAUUCCACUAACGCAGGUGCUGUGGAUGGCAAGCUCUAUGUCUGCGGGGGAUUUCAUGGAGCAGAUCGCCAUGAGGUUAUCUCCAAGGAAAUUUUGGAGCUGGACCCUUGGGAGAACCAGUGGAAUGUUGUCGCCAUCAACGUCCUCAUGCAUGACAGCUAUGACGUCUGCCUGGUAGCUAGGAUGAACCCCCGAGACCUCAUCCCACCGCCCUCAGAUCUGACUGAUGAAGGCGGCGACCACAGAGGGCAAAGCUGAGGGUCUCAUGGCUGGAGGAGCCAUGGCCUGGCAGCCUCCGAAUGCUAGACCCGGCAUACUGUGUGGCGCUGACGUUCUCACUGCAUGCCUAGCAGCCCCUGUGUAAGGCGGUACUGAGCAGUGACAGGGGUGGGUGGCACAGGGUCUUCCCUUAGGGGCAUCGCAGCCCGAUGAAGUAGAUAGGGCGGUGCCGGGCGGAUGGCGAGGGUGCAUGUGAGUGGGACAGGGAGCACAUGGAGGGCAGCAGCCUGCUCUGCUGGGGACUCAAGAGCACUGCCGAGCAGACCCACGGGUGCUUCUGAUGAUGAGAUUGUGGGAGAGGCCAGUCAGAGGCCCUAAAGUGGGAGAGCUGGUGCACGUCUGGGACAUCUAGUCCGGCCUGGGCACACUGCUCGCACACAGGAUUUGUCACUGAGAGAAUAAAGGUUAUAACUGGGUGACCAGGGCCGAAAGAGGGAGGAGCGUGGGUCUGGGCCCGGAUAGAGGGGCCAUCCUUCCUGGAGCUUUGCCCCAGCUUAGUCUGUCUAUUAGAACUGCCCUGAUCUACAGCCCUGACCUACAGCAGCAGUGCCCACUGUGGGCCAAGCGCUCGGACCUGGAACCCAGCUCUGUUGCGACGGGCCACAGUGAGCAGAGCGUUCCUGGACACAGAGGGGCCCCUUGGGGGUUAGUACUGAGUGUCUAGACUGAACUUGCCCAAGGCCUCCGUCCAGCUCUCAGCUCUAUAGGACUUUCCUCAGGACGAGGCUGGCUGACACAGCAGGUCUAAGUGUGAGGACCCAGGCUCUGAGUGAGGAGAGAAGAGGCACCUAUUGGCUGCCUGCUGCCUCUUUCAGAUCCCUCUCCUGGCUGGGAGGGUGAGCUGAAGCCUACUUCAGCCCAAGCAGGGCACGGUGAGCUCCCCCGCCCCCGGAUAUAUUAGGGGUGAUGUGCAGUUACAGGUGGAAACUCGUCUAUUUUUGCCUCCAUUCAUAUUUCCGGAUGCACAGCAGAUCCAUCGGGUGGCUGUUCUCCAAUAACUUCACCAGAGCUCCUGUGUAAGCAGGGUGGAUGCCCUGGGCUCUUCUGGAGAAGAGCAAACCCUGCAUGGAGCGUGUGUUCUCCAGGUUCCAACCUCUACCUGACAGGGAGCCAGGCUCAGUCAAACUGGAGCCUUUGCAACUUGUUUCCGACACCAAGGUGGGAACUCUGGGGGUCCAGCACAGGUGUACCCCCAGAAGGCUGCACUCUGGGAGGCAGAGACCAUGUCUACCUCUCUGAGGUCACCCCCUAAGUCUCUGUAGCAGUAUCUCUCACAUGGGUGGAGUUUGGGGUGACCAGAAUAGACAGUAUGUCUAAACGAGCUCUCUGAGCCUGUCUGGGACUUCACGUUUCAGUGUCCUCAUUCUGCCCCCUAGUGGAGGGUAGUAAUCUGAGGUUUCCUUUUCUCAGGCAAGCCAGAGCUGCUCCUCAAAUUGGCAACCAGGCUUGGGAGAGGUUCUAAGGGGUCUCUGCCACCCCACCCCACCCCCCGAUCCCCUUCCAGAAUCCCUGUUCCUGCUCACGCACCUGGGCAUGUUAGAAGCUGCCUGUCACCUGGAUCAUGGGCCGCAGUGGCUUUAUCUUCUGAACGCACUGGCCAGGACCAUGGGCAGAACUUUCCAAGUCUUCCCUUCCUCCUAUACGGAAUGGGAAGGAAAACCCCAUAUCCUUUGCAGGGUCGGUGUGUGGAGUGAGUGAGGAAACGCUAAGUGGAAUACUAGUUUCAACACAAAUACCAUGAACAGGCUUUAGCGGCUGGCCCUCUUACUGUUACCAUGGUCAGGGGUUCCCAGGACAAAGUGCAGAACAGAACCCAGGGCUUUGGGGAAUCUCAGACUUAGGGAGAGAAGUGGCUGCGUCUAAGUUGGUUCCAAUGUCCCCUGUGCUGGGCUCUUUCGGCAGUGAAGACUCCCUUGGGUCUGCAGCCCCUUGAGAACAUAAGUAGAUGCCUCCAGGGCAUCAUCAGGUAGUGAGAGCCAUCCUGGGCUAGGACGCCAUUGCUGCCAAUGCUAGGAAGUCUGAGAAGGGAACUUUCCAGGGAAGGCUGGGGGAGAACACAGGACAGUGGCUGGUCUCCCUGGAGCAGACAGUCCCAGAGCUGGAGGAGAGGCAGGAGCUGGGAACAUUCUCAGGUUUAUUCCCAACAGGUGCAUCCAGGAUCUCAGAUGUCUGGCAUGAACUCCUUUUGUUCUACACUCAGAACCCAGAGGACAGCUUGCUAGCUUUAGUGCUCACUUUCAGCUCCGGGGGCCUCUCCGCUGACUUUCCUAUUUGUGAUUCAAACCAAUCCGCUCUGCCCUCCUGGAGAACUAUUGUUAGAGAUUCCAUUUGGACAGACCUUCCUGUUACCCCUUCACUGUCACUGAAGGUCUUCUGACACCGCAGAAGGCCCCUUAUAAAAUGUCUACUACUGGGGCUUCUUAUCUUUGUGACGCAGGAUUGCUGGACGCUGAGCCAGGAGACACAAUGGGGAAGUAAUUUGGAUGCUGGGCUGAUAAAGGACUGCAGCUGUCAGCCUCACUGACUCAGUUUGUGCUCAGCAAGAGGCAGCAUUGUUCUCAGGCUGACUUUAUAAUGAAGAAAUGCUCUGACUGCAGACUUAUAAAAUACAUUUUUGCUAAUGAA